AUGAAAUCCCGCGCCCUGAUUCUGCUGCUUGGCGGAGCUGGUAGUCUUGCCAGCCAAGGCUCCGUCCAUGUUGAACAGUCCAUCGAUGCCUCCAAUGGCUCCACCUCUCCUAUGCGCGGCCCUCUUGCAAGGUCGAGCAUGUAUAUCCCAUUCUGUGGCGGCCAAAAGCGCGCCACCUCCGCCCAAGUUGCCUACGUCGGAAACACGGGCACAGAAGAGCACUACGGUUGCAAUAUGAUGCAGAUUCCAGCAAAUAUUGCAUCUCUAUAUAAGUAUACCAUCGAGUUCAUCAAUUCUGGUUAUACAGUUCAGCAAUGUAAAUGCUGGAAUAAGAUCGGUCCUGAUGGCGGUAUCAAUGGUUUCUUUGCUGGCAACGAGGCUAUCACUUUCAGCUUGGCCGCCAGUGGUCAGCAACUCGUCGCAUUUGAUGAAAAUUCGCAGAUCGGCUGUGCUUGUCAUGCUGGCUCUAUUCCUUUGACCCCAUUUGGUGAAUUUGCAUCAACUUGGGUAGAGGCCGACUUUGGUAAUGAAUUGAACCAGAAGCACUCCGGUUUCGACGCCUCAUGCUUGGUUGCCGCUAAACACGGUCUGGACAUUCCCGGACUAAGUGUCUGUGGUGGCUCACAAAACACAUGUUCUACCAUCUUUCCCGGUGGGGCCGGUGAAAAUGCCUAUGUAAAAGGUAUGGAAGAUUUGAACAUCGUGGCGCCGAUCGAUCCUGGUCCUGUAGCACUCACUGUUAAAGUCGACAUUGUGUAA